GCUAAAUUAUAUUUAAAAUUACCAAAAUGGAAGGAACUCAUGAAGAAGGCAAGGCCUCUUCCCCUAUAUCCUUGAGAGAGUAUGCGAGACACCGUCUCCUUGAAGAUAUGAUAUCAACAGUUAAGAAACUAGAAAGAGCCAAUAACGAUUAUUUGAUCCUGGUGAUGGACAAAAGAACUCGGGAGCUAUUUGCCGGCAUCUGUAGCUUGUUUGAAAUCAUGAGCAAAAAUGUCUUUCACCUUGAAAAUUUAGAACUGAUCAGGAAGGAUUUCCCUAGUACUCCUGCGAUUUAUUUUGUCACUCCUACACAGAGCUCUAUUGACUCUAUAAUAGAAGAUUUUAAGGAUCCUGAUAAUCCGCAAUAUGCUAGCGCUCAUGUAUUUUUCUCUACCAAAUUAUCAGAUGCACUAAUGGAUAAUCUUUCUCAAAACGAGGGUUUAAUCUCUAGAAUCAGUUCACUAUCAGAGUUAAAUGUAGACAUUAACCUCUAUGAAGAUAAUAUUUUUCAUUUGGAUCAGAAAGAAUCCCUCAGUCUAUUCAAUAUGAACCUAAAUGAUGUUGAAACUGCUCGUUAUUUAGGAAAAAUAGGUUUGCAGAUAUUCACAGUCUGAACUGUAAUGAAUGAGAGGCCAUACAUUCAGUAUCAAGGAAAAUCAAAACUAGCACAGAAAGUGGCUAAAUCGGUCAACGCUCAUUUUCAAGACUUUAAUAAAAAGUCACCAGACCAUAACUUCAGUCAGCAAAGAGGGACACUUCUGAUCCUUGAUCGCUCUUUUGACAUGACUGCACCAUUGCUUCAUGACUAUGCCUAUGAGUGCCUCGUGUAUGAGAGUGUAAGCAGUGCUGAAGAAGCUGAUAGAGUAUGCUCAGAAGAAUCUAAAGCAGCUAAGCAUGGAAAAUCUGAAGCCAUCCUCGAUAGAGGAGACCUAGUUUGGCACCGAUACAAAACCAAACAUUUGGCUAACGCUAUGGUUUCCAUAAACAAUGAAAUCAGUAGGUUUGUGCAAGAGAAUAAGAAUAUUAAUGCUAUCAAAAAGGGCGACCAAUUAGAAGUAACUGAUCUUAAAGAUGUGCUCUCAACUAUGCCAAAAUAUCAGGAAUUACUAUCAAUGUACUCUAAACACCUAAAUCUGUGCCAAUUCGUUGACAAAACUCUUAAGGCUAGGAAGUUCAUUGACCUUAUCAGGGUAGAGCAGUUAAUUAUCUCAGGUGUGGAUGAUAGUGGGAAUGAAGUCACUAACAAAGAUAUUAUCAAGGAGAUAAAUGGGAUCUAUAAGUCUUUGCACCCUGAUGACCAUAUCAGACUCAUCUUACUUUACUUCACUUGAUAUGAAGUCUCUGACAAAGAUGCAAAAAGUCUUAUCAGUACUCUUGGACAAGAUGGUCAAGUUGCCUGAGAAAACCUCAAGCUUAUCCUUGGUUCAAGCUCUUCAGGUUUCAUCAGAAGAAGAGUCCCAGUCAUGGACAUCGAUGAAUUUGGAGAUUAUAGUGACAGAUUAGCUAGCACUGAAUAUGAAAUAUUGAAAACUACUCCAUCAAUCACCAAAAUAGCCAAAUCAGCCAGUGAACAAAACCUUGAUGUUGGUGUCUUUCCUUUUCUCGGUGAUCAGCCUGAUGGGACUGACAAUUUUGGAACUGCCAAAAUUGAAGGUAGAUCUAAGUUCAAAGGUAGAGCUCGCUGGAGAGGUAAAAAUAAAAAGGAUGCAUCAGCUGUUGAGAAUAAACUCAUAAUAUUCGUGAUUGGUGGUCUUUCUCACCAUGAAUUGGUGGCUCUUAAUAAACUCCAAAAUGACCAUGAAGUAGACUGCACAAUCGUUCCUGGUGGAAACCUCAUAUUUACACCAACAGAGUUUCUAGAGCAGCUCCAAGACAUCACAGGAGGGCAUGUUCAGAGACUAGAUGGACUUGAAGUCGAUGAGAAUAGCAUCAUCGGUGCAGACCAGAUAGGAGUAGACUUUACUUAAAGAUUAAUUUAGGGAAAUAAUUAGUUCAAUAAC